AUGAAUAUCCAAGAUCCAGAUGCGAGAAACCUGUUAUACGCUGAGUUCCCUUUAUAUUACACUUGGAACAAAUCGAAAAAAGUAUGGAAAAGACGGAAACGUGGUGGGUGCAUCAGAAGAAUAUAUAUGGUGCAUCCUAAUGAAAACUUUGAUGAUCUUAAAACUGUUGAUGGUGUUGUAUGUACAACCUUCAAAGAAAGUGCUCAGCAAAGAGGUUUUCUAAAAAAUGAUGAUCAUCAUUGUCAAUGUUUGAAUAAGGCUAGGGAAUUUCAGAUGCCUAACCAAAUAAGAAAUCUUUUUGCAACAUUACUCAUCUUUGAAGAUCUUACAGACUUACGCCAGUUAUGGAAUGAAAACUUUAGCGCAAUGGCUAAAAACUUUGCACUCAGAGGAAUACCUGAGAGACAGCACCAAAUUCAAGCAGUUCUGCGACACAUAAAUCAAUUUCUGCAAAGGCAUUCUAAGACCGUUACUGAUUAUAACUUACCAGAACUAAUGCCAGAACAUAAUAGUGAAGAAUUACCAAUGACACUUAUUGAAGAAUUGUCUUACCAAAUUGACCCAGAAGAACUUGCAAAGGCGGAUAUAUUAAAUGAAGCACAAUGUGCUGUAUUUGCUGAAGUAAUGGGUCUUAUAAGUCGAAAUGAAAAGGUCUAG